GUCCGCCACAAUUUCGCGACAAAAGUCAAUUGAACAAGUGGAUAGCACGCCCCUCGCAUGCUACGGCCGAAUUCAAAUGUAUGGUAUGUGGAAAUCCGAAGCCAAAAGUUACAUGGUUUGCUAAAGGACAAGGCAUUAAUGCCAGCAUCAGUGGAAAGUACAAAGUUAGAAGAAAGACCUUAUUGGUAGUGGAUGCUGUCUCCAAAAAAGAUGAGGGGUUAUACAUGUGUGUUGUGGAGAAUGAACAUGGCUCCGUCAAUCACACAUAUGAACUCAAGGUCAUAGAUCAGAUGCUGACAAAGCCGGUGAUACAGGGGCCACUGAACCAGACUGUGACCUAUCUAGACGAUGCGAAAUUUCAGUGCAAGGUAGUCAUGAGUGACCUCCAGUCCCACAUCCAAUGGCUUAAACAUUACCAGGUCAACGGCUCGUUCACCAAUGAGGACGAAGAUCCAUACGUCCAUGUCAUACAGAAUUUACAACAGGGCAAGAAGCAAUCCUUCUUCAACCUCACCGAUCCAGAGAUUUUGUACAUCAGAAACGUAACAUACGAGGAUGCGGGCUGGUACACUUGCUUGGUGACCAAUUCCAUGGGUCGAGCCUAUCAGAGUGCAUGGCUGACAGUCGAAGCGUGCAAGCCUGGCAGUUAUGGAAAGGAGUGCAAAAAGGUCUGCGGACAUUGUGAAAGCAAUGAACCGUGCAAUCACAUCAAUGGAUCGUGUCCAGGAUCAUGUGAACCGGGGUAUAAGGGAGAAAUGUGUUUAGCAACCUGCAAUGGUGGUUGGUACGGUAGAGAAUGUAAACAACGUUGUGGUUACUGUAGAGACGAUGAACCGUGCCAUCACGUGACCGGAUCUUGCUCAGGAUUCUGUGAACCCGGAUACCUUGGAGACAAAUGUGACGAAAGCGAAUUUUCUCAACUCCUUGUAAUACAGAGGAAAAUGCUCAGCUCCGUUAGAGAAAUACUCUCUUUUAAAAGAAGAAAAGCUGGACUGAUUGCAAACGGCACGUUUCCGGCUGACCUCAAAUAACAGAAUAGUACUCAAAAAGAAUCGAAGACCUAUGUGUAUACAUUUGCAAAUGAUGUGAUCCUUUGUAAAAAAAAAAAAAUCAUGCAAUCCAUUUGCUGAGAACAAGCAGUACUGUUUAAUAAGUGAAGAUAUUACAAUAAGUUUUUUUUAUCUACAAUGUUUCCUGUUUAGUUUUUUUUCUGUUUUUUAUGCUUUUUAUCAUUUAUUUUGUAUUCGCAACAAGGUAUCAUCUUUAUUUCACUGUUCUAUCAUUGAAUUUAUAUCAAAUCAAUUUAUAUAUUUGUGCCCGAUUUUUUAAUUAGCAUGAAACAAUAAUAAAAAAAAAAUCUUGUAUUGUAAUGACAA